ACCGCGGAGAGCGGCCGCGCCGAGCCGCGCCGGGGCCAUGGCCAGCGUGCAGCAGGGCGAGAAGCAGCUCUUCGAGAAGUUCUGGCGAGGGACCUUCAAAGCCGUGGCCACACCGCGACCGGAGAGCAUCAUCGUGGCCAGCAUCACCGCCCGCAAACCGCUGCCCAGUGGGACGCUCAGCUGCCUGCCGUACUCUGCCGAGGAUCGACGUCCUGAGAAGCUGAGCAGCUGUGUGUCCAAGGAGACCUCCACCACUAACGGCUGGGCAAGAGGGAAGGAGAGACGCGGCCAUGCUCACCACAGGUCACGCAGCCCCUCGUGUGAUGGGGAACGUGCACCGCUGCCAGCCCGGGGCAAGAAGAAGAAGAAGAAAUCCAGCCGCAAGAAGCGACGGAGGUCUCCUUCCUACAGCCCCUCUCCUGUGAAGAAGAAGAAAAAGAAGAGCUCCAAGAAGAGAAAAAGACACAGGUUAUCCUCAAAGAAGAGAAGGCACAGCUCUCGUGGGCGCACCCGGAAAGCUCGCCGCCACCGCCGCUGCCACUCUCGCUCAGAGAGCUCUGAUUCCUAUUCCCCGAGCUGCCGGAGCAGGCACAGAGCCAGGUCUCGGGAGGAAGGGCGUAAAGCACGGCGGAGACGCUCCCGGCACCGUGCAAAAGUCCCAGCAAAGAGAAGCUCCUCUGCAGAGGUUCAGGCCAGCCAAACCCUCCCACUGCACAGCUUCCUGUCUCCUAAGGAAGUCAUCUCUCAGUCAGGGUCUUCUGCUGACCUCUUUACCAAAACAGACAGCCCGCCUGGCCGCCUAACCAGCCAGAACGGAGAGUGUCAUGAAUAUGACUCAGGAAACGACACUUCUUCCCCUCCCUCCACUCAAACGAGCUCAUCCAGGUCAAAGGACAGCCAGGAGAAACGAAGCGUAGCCCACGAUGGCUUUGGCCAUGCCUUCUCAUCCAGGAAGCCCAAAGUGGCCAACGGUGAUAACAGCUCUGAUUCAGGAAAUUCCUUCACCAGUUGCUUUUCCCAGACCAAGGCAACGGCUUCGGAAAAUCUGUCUCCAGAUCCCCAGGGACAAGACGAAAGAGGAUGCCUGUCCUCGUGUCUCAGCUGUUCAGAGGAGAAGAAGCGCAGUGUCCCCCCGUCGCCAGCCCGCAGCUCCCCGCUCAGGCCGUGCCCCCGCAGCGAGUCGUGCAGCAGCACAGGACGCUCCUCCCCUGGCUCCAGCUGCUCCUCACCCCGCAGGGCCUCCCCCAGGUACUCCCGCAGCAGGUCCUGCUCUUCAGGGAAGAGCCCCAGGUCUUCUUCACGGUCCCCCAGCUAUUCCUCUAAAUCCUGCAAAAAAAGCCCUGGAAGCAGGAGCUCAAAGACUCGCCGAAGCCCGAGUUACUCCCAUUACAGCCCUACGAGGGACCGUGAGCACAAGCACAGCUCCAGUGAGAAGGAGUCACACCGGCAGCGGGACCGGCAGCGCCGGCGCUCCUAUUCCCCCCUGAGGAAGCGCAGGAGGGACUCCCCCAGCCACCUGGAGGCCCGGCGCAUCACCAGCGCCCGCAAACGUCCCAUCCCCUACUACAGGCCCAGCCCGUCCUCCUCCAGCAGCGCCAGCAGCUAUUCCUCCUGGUACAGCAGUCUCAGCCGCUCCCCCAGCCGGAGCAGGAGCUACUCCAGCCACCGGUCGAGCCGCAGCCGCAGCUGGAGCAGCAGCAGUGCAGAGAGCAGGAGCCGCAGCAGGAGCUCAGGCCCCAGGAGCAGCCGCAGCCGGAGCAGGAGCUGUGACUCAGGAGGCAGCUCCGACAGCCUGCGUCGCUAAGGAGUGCCGCCGGCAUCACUGAAUUCCUUGCGUUCUCCACAUCCUUCCCACCUACUUGGCCAUCGAUCGCAAUCACCCCCGAUACUGAUGUGACAGCAGCACUGUGUCCCCUUUUCUCAUUACAGAUGGAGUAAGAGCCCUCAUGCUCCUGGAACAGCCCCUCUGCUGCCUUGCAGGGAGGGUGGAUCCAUGCAGCUCCCCCAGCCAGAGCUGGGGCUGGAAGAGGGGCCAGUGCCCUACAGAGGCCCUGCAGGCCCUACAGGGUCCAUCCUCCUGACAUCCCCAUCUCCCCAUCGCUGCCACUCUGCGACAGCUGCCAGCUGCUCCAAAGGAAGAAGAUUUUGCCCUUCUCUUGCCAAAAGCGGGAGCCAGUGAAUUAAUUCCCUCUGGAGGAAGAGACACAUUUAGGGAGGAAUUUGCUGGGAAGCUUUGGUGAUGAGUGGACGUGACCUGUCCCCCUCAAGGCAAAUAUCAGGUCCCUGAUAUUGGAUCUCUCCUCCCGAGAUUCUGCCCACUCUGCAGCAGGUCUCUGCCAUGAGCAUAUUUAUUUAUUUCCAUACGCCCAACUCUGCUAUAAAUAGAAGGCUAGAAAUCCCUCCUGACAUUAAUUUCUGGGGGGGAAAAAAGCUAUUCCCCCUCUCUUUCUCCUGCCCUUUCCUAACAGGGUGUUACACAUCCACCUUUCACAGGGCUGCUCUGUUCCCCUCCAUCAGUGUGAUCGCUGAGAGGAGACACAGCAGAGGGGAGUCAGUGCUGCAGAGUGAGCUGGGGCUGCACGGCUCGCAUCUCAGAGACCCCCAACACCCCUCCCCCCAAAAUCGCCUGUUUUUUUCCCAGGAUCUGGGAGGGCCCUGCCUGCCUGGGCGGCCCUGCGGUUUUGUCUCCCUGCCAGGCUUGCCAGCCCAGCUGCCUGUGCAAUUACUGUGUUUUGCAGAGCAACAAAGGCUUCUCCUAGCACGGGCUGAGCCGGUGCUGAGGAUUUUCUUUCUCUUACAACACCUGGGUGCUUAGAGACGCUAAUUUAGGUCUAAGACUUCCCUCCCUCCCUUUUUCCAUCCCCUCCCCUUCCAUCCUGCGUGAUCAUUAACGAGUUUGGGCUUAAUGAGUCAAGGAGGUGUGUCAUUGAAGUGUCACAGGAAAGGGCUAAGGGCAGCCAGCAUCUGCCGGAGGGGGAGAGGGGUGGAAGGAAAGGCAAACCCACAGCCAGAGAGUUACCCACUUCUCCCACUGGCAGCAAGUAAAGCUGUGAGCGAGGUAAGGUCAAACACAACCUGGAUGAUUGCCUUAUCGAGCAUAUGAACGUGUUAUCAGUUGGAAAACACAGCAGGAAGGUUUAUACUUCUGUGUAGCUGAUGCAAGGGGAAAUUUGAUAACAGGGGCCCUUUUUCCCGUCUCCUUCUCACUGCAAACCCCUCAGGCUGUGGUUGAGAAUUACAGAUGAGGUGUUCUGGCAGCGGGUGCUGCUGCCUUCCCCCCACCCCAGCCCCACAGCAGCCCCUGGCUUCUUUGGUGGGGAGCACCCUUCUUGUAAAGGGCUGAGAACCCCAUGCUUCUUCCUUAGGGAGUCCCUCCCAGUUUGGCAUUGUCACCCUGUAGCACUCCAUGAAAGGUCUGAUCUCAGCGACCAGAGGCCAAAUCCCAAAUCUGUGGGUCUCUUCAUGCCCCUCCGUGCCCCCAAAUGCCGGCAUGCACCUGUAGCAGCGAGCCGGAUGGACAACAGCUGGGAAAGCAAAGGAGCUUUGUGCAAGCAGUGCAAACAGUCCAACUAUAUUGAGCCGAGUUCCUGGUGGGAUGGAGAACAAACACAGUGCUGGAGGCAGCAGCACACGCUGGCUAUGGGACAAAGAGGUGCCACAUGGCUCUGGUACCCAUCCACCUGCACGGCCGGUGGCAGCUGAAGGCUCUCCGGCAUCGGAGCAAAACCUCUUUAUUUAUUUAUUAAUUAUUUAUUGACACACUUAUUUAUUAUCAGUCGCGUUCUGUUUCUAAUGUCUAUGGUCGGGACGGACGCGAGCGGUCGCCGUCAGCAGUAUUUAUUUAUUUAUUCUGGAGGGCAAAGGAAGGAGCGAGAAGUUAUCGGGGCUCUCUGUGCUUGUUUGGUCCUCCCCAUCGCAUGGAGGUUCCCAGUGCUGGCCGUGCACUGGCAGGAGGAAGGACUUCCCCGCGUUGUUUUGCAUUGUGAUCCACCCAUGGAAAAUCUGAGGUUGGGCCGUGAGAGCACGGGAGGUGCCUGCAAAUCCAGCCCUGUGACAGCACUAACUGCGUCUGUGUGUGCGUGUGUGUGUGUAUUAUGUUUCCUCAGUGGUAUUUCUCUCUUUAUUUUUUAACUUAUUUAAGGUUUUUGGUACAACACACAUCAUCGCCUGUCCUGUCAGUGGGUUUUCUGUCACUUUGCAAGAAGCCUGUGAGCUUUUCUGUCUCUGUGCCUUUUGCCAGUGCUUCUUUUGUUGUAUGCUCACUCACUCGUUGCUUUUAUGGGAUUUCCACUCCAUGACCAGCGUCUCAGGUUGCUGUUGUUUGCAUGGAGUAGCUUCUGCCCUGGGGCAGUUCGGCCUUUUGGGUGAACACAAAUCGCUGCUCAUUGGCACUGGGGCUGCACACCAAGAGCUUUGAGGCAGUGUGUUGGCCGCCUCUCAGAAGUGCCAUCUGAGAGAGUUUUCUUUCUUCAUCCUUCCUGCCCGUUGUGUUGUUUCCAUCCCAAAUGCCCUGGUUGCCUUUCCACAGCAGAGCACAUGACGCAGUGUCCCCCCCUGGGAUGCUUCCCGCUCACUCAACCCCCAGGCUCCCUCCUUUCCCACCCCACACACCAGGUCAGGCUGCAGCAAACCCAGCCCAGCCCCUGAAGUGUUGCUGCAAAGUGCAGAGGAAGGAUAUUUCACAGAAUCACAGAAUUGUAGGGGUUGGAAGGGACCUCUAGAGAUCAUCGAGUCCAACCCCUCUGCCAAAGCAGGUUCCCUACAGCAGGUAUUUCAAUGCACUGUUGUGUCAUUCCAUUUGGCCGCGGGUUGCGGCGCUCAGCUGUGCUCUGCUUUAUGUUGACCGUAACUUUUCUCAAUGUUUCUGUUGUUUUGGGUGACUGAAGUUGUACCAAACCCAUCUGCAAUGGCCAAUCGAUGUUAUUUUGCUAUGCAUUGUACAUAGAUCGAAAAGGCUGAGAGGACUUGGCCUCUUAUUUAAUAUUUAUUUCUCCUAUUUAUUGAGCAUUACUUAGGAAAGCUGUUCGAGUCUCACCGUUGGCUCCAUGGGAUAUUUGAGAAAGGGACAAUUUUAGGUGCCAGACUGAAGUCUUUAAUGUCCAGCAGGGUUGUGUUAUCUGUGUGAUAGAGGAUGAACAAAUCCUGUGACUUUUGCAGCUACCUGGAAGUCUGUGUGUGACCAGGAUGAUCUCUGAAGCACUGCAACAUCCACUGCUGUAGCAACAGCUCUGCGAUAAAGCAGCCUCAAUUUUGGACUGUUGUAGAAAACAGCACCUUGAGCCCCAUCCAGGGAAUGGAGAGAUUUAGAACAAAAGCCCAGACAGGAGAAAAGCUGCCAGGGAAACCAUGUCCCUGUUUUCUCUGCUGGUCAAUUCCUUACCAAAUCAUACCGGCACAUCUGUUCAUUCGACUUCACUGUAAAACUACCUUUGCUCUCCAUGGAAAUGCAUACUGUAUUCUUUAGUCUUCCUGGGGUAUUCGAGUCGUUAGCCUGUUUAGAAAAGGGUUCCAAUAAAAGUUCAGAUGAUAUCUGGUUCA